AUGGCUGAUAAGCAGCGAUAUCCUUAUGAUCAAGAACAUUGGUGGCGUGACUUUUUGCCUAAUCAAGUACACAGACCAUUCGAUAUCUUAUCUUCUUUACCAAAACAGCAACAGCAACCACAACUAAUAGCAACAAAACCAGAGAAGAAGAAGAAGAAGAAAAGUCGCGGCAAUCGAGCCGAACGAAAUUUUCAGCGAAGAUUGCGCAAUCCAAAUUUGGAUGAUGAAACCAGGGCAUUCUUAAUACAAGCAAGAGCAGAAAGAAAACGAGAACAAGAAAAACAGCAAAGUAUUCCUAAUACUACAAUAGAAGUAAACAAAAUUAAUCAUCAAAUCAGCCAAAUGACAGAGGAUACACAAAUAAUGGAGAUUCCAUUCGAUGAGAUCAUUCCUAAGUCUAAUCGAAAGAAACGUAAACGUUAUACAUCAACUAAAAUUGGCAGACAUCUCAGUCAAUCUUUCAGUCGAUUGUCGAUUUCACAAGAAUGUUCCAAGAAACAGAAGAUUAAAAAUAUUCAAACCAACAAUAUUGCACUACAAAUGAUCGACGAUCUGAAUGAUGAAACAAAAUUAUCAGUCCAAAUGUUCAAGUCUACUUUUGUACCUCAAUAUUUAACAGUAUCCGAUCGGAAAUUUAAAGAUAUAUUAUCAAAAGCAGUCCCUGAUGGCCAUAAAAUUUAUGAAUGGUUAGAUAAUGCUGAAAAGUUAAAAUCUACACGUCAAUUAGCUCAUACCUUUAAUAUGAUGUAUUAUUUUAAAUUACAACAAGAAUUAUGGAAAGAUUAUUUCGAUCUGGGUAUGACUGAGGGUAUUUGGGCUCCACGAAUACUGAAAUCGGCAGCAAAACAACAUUAUACUUGUGUAU